AUGAAGGGAGCAAUGCAGCCGCGGCCGUUCAUGAUGCACGGGCCGGGGGGCCCGAUGGCGCCGCCGCAGCAGCAGUUCGGGCUGACGGAGACGCGCCCGCCGCUGGCCGCCAUGCUGCGGCCCCGCUUCAACAUCCCGGGCCUCAACCCCUCCGCCGCCGCCGCCAGCGCCGCCGGCAAGAUCUCCUCCACCUACGACCUCGUCGAGCCGAUGCGCUUCCUCUACGUGCACGUCGUCAAGGCGCGGGACCUCCCCGCCGUCUCCCCCACCGGCUCCAUCGACCCCUUCGUCGAGGUCAAGCUCGGCAACUUCAAGGGCACCACCGCCGUCCUCGCCGGCCACCACAGCCCCUCCUGGCACCAGGUCUUCGCCUUCUCCGCCACGCACCUCCAGUCGCAUCUGCUCGAGGUCGCCGUCAAGGCCAAGGAUCUCGCCGGCGGCGACGACAUGGUCGGCCGCAUAGGGUUCGACCUCUCCGAGGUGCCCGUCCGCGUGCCGCCGGACUCCCCGCUGGCGCCCCAGUGGUACAGGCUCGACGGCAAGCGCGGGGAGAAGCUCCACCACGGCGAGAUCAUGCUGUCCGUCUGGCUCGGGACCCAGGCCGACGAGGCCUUCCCGGAGGCCUGGCAUUCCGACGCGCACGGGGCGGCUGGCCCGUCGGCCGUCGCCUCCACGCGCGCCAAGGUAUACUUCUCGCCCAAGCUCGUGUACCUCCGCGUCGCCGCCAUCGGGGCGCAGGACCUCGUGCCCCACGACACGUCGCGCCCCAUGAACGCCUCCGUCAAGCUGCAGCUGGCCGGGCAGGUGCGGCGCACGCGCCCGGGCGGGCCGCCGGGUUCGCCCAACCCGAUGUGGAACGAGGAGUUCAUGUUUGUCGCGUCGGAGCCGUUCGACGAGCCCCUGCUCGUCACCGUGGAGGACCGCGUCGGGCCGGGCCGCGACGAGCCGCUCGGGCGCAUUAUGCUGCCCCUCAACGCCGCAAUGCCGCGCCAUGACCACUUCGGCAAGCCCGUGGAGCCGCGCUGGUACAGCCUUGCGCGCCCCAGCGACGACGGCGAGAAGAAGGAGGGCAAGUUCGCGAGCAAGAUACAGCUUCGGAUGUCGCUGGACUUUGGGUACCAUGUUCUUGACGAGUCGACCUACUACAGCAGUGAUCUCCAGCCAUCAUCAAAGCACACCCGGAAGCCGAGCAUUGGGAUCCUUGAGGUGGGUGUUCUUGGUGCACGCAACUUGAUACCAAUGAAGGCCAAGGAUGGUCGCAGCACCGACGCCUACUGCGUUGCCAAGUAUGGUCCGAAAUGGGUGCGCACAAGAACCAUCAUGAACACGCUGAAUCCCCAGUGGAAUGAGCAGUAUACCUGGGAGGUGUUUGAUCCAUGCACCGUGAUCACGGUGGUGGUGUUUGACAAUAGCCAGAUUGGGAGCAAGAGUGGUGAUGCCCGGGAUGAAAGCAUUGGCAAGGUCAGAAUUCGUCUCUCGACACUGGAGACUGACCGGGUGUACACCCAUUUCUAUCCUUUGCUUGCUCUUAAGCCAAGUGGCCUCAAGAAGACCGGUGAGCUGCAUUUGGCCGUGCGGUUUACAUGCACGGCAUGGGUGAACAUGAUGGCAAUGUAUGGCCGUCCGCUGCUGCCGAAGAUGCACUACUCACAACCAAUAUCAGUGAUGCAAUUGGACUACCUGAGGCACCAGGCGAUGCAGAUUGUUUCGGCAAGGCUUAGCCGUGCUGAGCCACCACUGCGCAGGGAGGUGGUCGAGUACACGCUCGAUGUGGGCUCGCACAUGUUUAGCCUCCGGCGCAGCAAGGCCAACUUCUAUCGCAUCACCUCUCUGUUCUGUGGCUUUGCCUCAAUGGCCAAGUGGUAUGAUGGCAUCAGGAGCUGGCGAAACCCGAUCACAACAAUGCUGGUGCACAUGUUGUUCCUGAUACUGAUCUGCUACCCGGAGCUCAUCCUGCCUACCAUCUUCCUCUACAUGUUUAUGAUCGGACUGUGGAACUAUCGCUUCCGGUCAAGGCACCCACCACACAUGGAUACCAAGCUAUCGCAGGCUGAGUUCACACACCCUGAUGAGCUUGAUGAGGAGUUUGACACAUUCCCAUCCAACAGGCCAGCUGACAUUGUAAGGUUGCGCUACGACAGGCUGAGGAGUGUUGGAGGUCGUGUGCAGACGGUGGUCGGGGACCUGGCGACGCAAGGUGAGAGAGCCCAUGCGUUGCUGAGCUGGAGGGACCCCCGUGCCACCGCCAUCUUCAUAUUCUUGUCCCUGGUGGUGGCCAUUGUGCUGUAUGUGACGCCGUUCCAGGUUUUGCUGGUCAUCACCAUGCUCUACUUGCUGCGCCAUCCCCGGUUCCGCAGCAGGAUGCCCUCUGUCCCGUUCAACUUCUACAGAAGAUUGCCUGCCAAGUCCGAUUCGCUUAUUUGA